GUAGCGGCCGAAGGGGCGGGCUCGAGGGCCGAGGUAGUCUAAGCAGCUCGCGGGUCGCUCGGCGGUGCAAGAUGGCGGACAUCUCCCUGGACGAGCUCAUCCGGAAGCGCGGGGCUGCGACGAAGGGGCGUCCGCACGCCAGGCCGGGAGUCGGAGGUGUCCGGUCGCGCGUGGGGCUCCAGCAGAGCCUCCUCAGCCCGCCAGCCCGCACCGCCACCUUCCAGCAGAGGUUUGACGCCCGGCAGAAGAUUGGCCUCUCGGACGCCAGGCUCAAGCUGGGAGUCAAGGAUGCCCGGGAAAAGCUUUUGCAGAAAGACGCUCGGUUCCGGAUCAAAGGGAAAGUGCAGGAUGCCAGAGAGAUGCUGAACUCGCGCAAGCAGCAGAGCACGGCGCCCCCGAAGCCCCGCCAGGUGGCCGAUGCCCGCGAGAAGAUCAGCUUGAAGCGCAGUUCCCCAGCCACCUUCCUGAGCCCACCCGUCGGGGCGGUGACCCCCGCCCUGAAGCUCACCAAAACCAUCCAGGUUCCCCAGCAGAAGGCCAUGGCACCGCUCCACACCCAUCCUGCUGGAAUGAGAAUCAACGUUGUCAAUAACCACCCGGCCAAACAGAAUUUAUAUGAUUUGGAGGAAGAUGAUGACUCUGUAGCUCCCAUUCCUAGUAAACAGAUGAAAUUUGCAGCCUCCGGCGGCUUUCUCCACCACAUGGCCGGACUGAGCAGUUCCAAGUUCUCCAUGUCCAAGGCCCUCCCUCUCACCAAAGUGGUCCAGAAUGACGCGUACACAGCUCCGGCCCUCCCCUCCUCUGUUCGAACAAAAGCCUUGACCAGCAUGUCCCGGACACUCGUGAACAAGGAGGAGCCCCCAAAGGAGCUGCCGCCCACCGAGCCUGUCCUCAGCCCCUUGGAAGGCACCAAGAUGACCGUCAACAAUCUGCACCCUCGAGUCACUGAGGAAGACAUUGUGGAGCUUUUCUGUGUAUGUGGAGCCCUCAAAAGGGCUCGCCUGGUCCAUCCUGGGGUAGCGGAGGUGGUCUUUGUGAAGAAGGACGAUGCCAUUACUGCAUACAAGAAGUAUAACAACAGGUGUUUGGAUGGGCAACCCAUGAAGUGCAACCUUCACAUGAAUGGGAACGUCAUCACCUCAGACCAGCCCAUCCUGCUACGGCUGAGCGAUAGCCCCUCGGUGAAGAAGGAGAGUGAGCUGCCUCGCAGGGUGAAUUCUACCGCCUCCUCUAACCCUCCAGCCGAAGUGGACCCUGACACCAUCCUGAAAGCGCUCUUCAAGUCUUCGGGGGCCUCUGUGACUACACAGCCCACAGAAUUCAAAAUCAAACUUUGAGCGAGGGGGGGGGGGGGGGGGGGGGCGGGCAGCCAGAAGCAGGGGCAGAGGAGGGUGGCUGUUUCCUAAAGCAAAGCCUGUGACCAAUGGGCCAUCGGACUGGAGGCCCCUGAGCGGGACGGGUCGCUGGGGGUAGAGCGCUUCCUCACCGGACGGGACCCACCUUUCUGUGUUGUGUUCUCCCCUGCGCCCUUCUGUACGUUAACAUUUGCCGUAGUCUGUUUCUUCUCCCUCCACCUCAUCACCGAGGUAGGCCCGUGUUGCCCGGUAUCCCUGUCCCUCGUCUCAGCCCCACACUGAUGUAUCUAAAAAUGGUACCAUGAGUUGUCUGGAAGGCUUUCUGGUGGCCCCGUGGAGUGCAGGGCCGGGGCCUCUCUGAAGGACACAUUUUUCUCCAGGAGGCGACGAGUUGCCUCCCCUUUCUCUUUUUUAAGCUUUCAAAGUGGAGAGUGG